GGGGGUUCAGGUGUGUUCUAGUCCCCUCAGACUGGGAGACAAGCUCAAACAGGUUUCACACUCAGGGGACCGGGCAGCACUACUGGAACUGUUGCUGAACUCUAACAUUGCAUUAAGACUACAAGUUACCACAUGCAGCRGAUAAUUAACUCGUGGCCUGCGGCGGUUCUCUCCAGCUUCGAGUAUUGAAGUGUAUUUACAAGAAGAACGGAGAGGAAGACAUGAUAAUGUGCUCAAAUGUUUCUUGGAACAGAGCAGAAGUUUUUGUGUUUUGGGCCACAUCUUUUAUGAUGGAUGUCUUUUUAGUUCUUGUUAAAAUCACACUUUGUUUAAACAAAGAUUGUGCCAUCAGUCGUAGAUUGUAACUCAUCCUGCACCUGUUUGCUUCUGUUCUAUUAAAUCUGUUACCUUUGCUCCUCUCCCCUGAGGCCUUAUGAGACACCUGUCACACAUCUCUGCCUGCUCCUCUGUCUGCUGCAGACACACAGCGCUCUCCCAGGUCCUUUCAACCUCCACGAAUUAUAGAAAUGAGAGGCUUUUUGCUUGGACUGUGGUGCUUUUUCUGCGUUUACCAAUCUCUCUCGGGAGAGACCACCUGCAAGCUGAAGGCCAAGUUCAACCUGAGCGGCUACAAGAAUGUAGAGAAGAAGAAGGUGGUCAUUGGGGGGAUGUUUCCUGUCCACAAGCGCGUUGCUUCCAGUAAUGGCAACACUUCCAGUCAGCAGGUCUCCUCUGGGUGCGAGGGAUUUAAUUUCCGCACCUUCCGCUGGACGCAGACCAUGCUGUUUGCCAUCAAUGAAAUCAACAAGAGGAGCGACCUGCUGCCCCAAACUGACCUGGGCUACGUCAUCUACGACUCGUGCUUCACAAUCUCAAAGGCCGUGGAAGGAACGCUGACCUACCUGACGGGCCAGGACGAAGCAGUUCCCAACUACCGCUGUGGAGACGGGCCGCCUCUUGCUGCCUUAGUGGGUGCUGGAGGUUCUGAUCUGUCCAUUGCAACAGCCAGGAUCCUGGGGCUUUAUCAUUUCCCACAGGUCAGCUAUAGUUCAACAUGUUCUGCCCUGAAUAAUAAGUUCCAGUUCCCCACUUUCCUAAGGACCAUUCCUAAUGAUGUCCACCAGUCUACAGCCAUGGCUCAGCUGGUGCUGCACUUUGGCUGGACCUGGGUGGGAACCAUAGCUGCAAAUGACGAUUAUGGCAAAUAUGGCAUCAAAGACUUCAAGGCACAGGUGGAGGAAGCUGGUGUCUGCAUCUCUUUCUCUGCGACCCUGCCCAAAGUGAGCUCCCCAGAUACCAUCAAGAGUAUCGUUAAAACUGUAGCUGAUUCCACAGCCAAGAUCAUCGUCGUCUUCUCAUCAGACGUGGACCUGAGUCCUCUCAUCACCGAGCUGCUCUUACAUAAUGUAACCAACCGCACCUGGAUUGCCAGCGAGGCCUGGGUCACCUCAGCGCUCAUCAACCAGCCAGGGGUGAACUCAAUCCUGUCUGGUACGCUGGGUUUUGGGGUGAAGAAGGCUGACAUCCCUGGUCUUCAGCACCACUUACUUGGCUUGGAUCCCUAUGAUGAUGCACUUACUGAGGAGUUCUGGGGGACGUUGUUUAACUGCACACUGGACUAUAAAAAAGCUCUGAGGAUGGCCAGAGCGGUGAAUGGCACACCGUCCAGAGCGGCGAGGGGGAUACCAGAUGGCCUAUGUACUGGCAAAGAGUCUGUGGCUCAGCUCAAUAACACGUACUCUGAUGUCUCGCAGCUACGAAUCACUUACAGUGUUUACAAAGCAGUGUACGCUGUGGCCCACGCCCUGCACAACCUGGAGCACUGCGUACCUGGAAAAGGUCCCUUUGUUGGGAACAGCUGUGCUAACAUCAGUAAUUUUGAGCCAUGGCAGUUGAUGUAUUACGUGAAGAAUGUGAAUUACAAAAUGCCGAACACAGCGGAGGAGAUCUUCUUCACAGACGGAGACAUAGAGGGCUUCUACGACAUCAUUAACUGGCAGGUCAACAGUGAUGGGGAGAUAUCCUAUGUCACUGUGGGACACUACAAUGGCUCUGCAGCUGCAGAGGACAAACUGCACAUAAGGAACGCCUCCAUUAUUUGGAACAAUGACAAUUUGGAGCCUCCUCGGUCGGUGUGCAGUGAGAACUGUCAGCCUGGCACCAGGAAGGGGAUCCGGCAGGGGGAGCCAGUCUGCUGUUUUGACUGCAUCCCGUGUGCUGAUGGAGAAAUCAGCAACACAACCAAUGCCCGUGAAUGUAUCCUGUGCACUGGAGAUGACUGGUCAAAUAGCGCUCAUGAUGCCUGCGUGCCAAAGAUCAUAGAGUUCCUGGCUUUUGGAGAACCACUGGGAAUCACUCUGAUUGYCAUCUCUGCCUUUGGAGCUUUAGUAGCCAUUGCUGUCGGGGUUGUCUUUGUCAUGCACAUCGGCACGCCUCUGGUCAAAGCCAAUGACGUCCUGCUGAGCUUCUCGCUGCUCCUCUCCCUGGUUGUGACCUUCCUCUGCUCCAUCGUCUUCCUCGGAGAGCCGCAGCACUGGAGCUGCAUGACCAGCCAAGUCGCUUUAGCUCUUGGCUUCGCUCUCUGCCUCUCCUCCAUCAUGGGUAAGGCAGCAGUGUUGAUGCUCAGAGCUCAAGCCUUGAAAAGAGCCAGAAACAGAGCCAAGGCAGCUGCCAAAGCUGCUAAAGCUGCUGCCGAAGCGGCGGCUAACAGCGGCAGUCCUGACGUGAUCGUAACCAGCUCCAGUAACUACGAGGCCAGCGCUGCGGACAAACCUGAGGUGGAUGUCCUCACCUGUGGCCAUCAGCGGGCCAUCGCUGCUGUGGCCACGUUAAUACAGGCCGUAGCGUGCACAGUGUGGCUCAUCCUCCUCCCUCCACACCCAGUUAAGAACACCGCCGCCCAGAACGUCAAGAUUAUUCUGGAGUGUGAUGAGGGCUCUGUGAUCUUCAUCUGCUGCAUCUUUGGGUAUGACAUCUUUCUUGCUCUGCUGGCCUUCAUCUUCGCCUUCAUCGCCCGCAAACUUGAAGACAACUUCAGCGAGGCGAAAGGGAUGACCUUCGGCAUGCUGGUCUUCUUCAUCGUGUGGAUCUCCUUCGUCCCGGCCUACCUCAGCACGCGUGGCAAGUUCAUGGUCGCCGUGCAGAUUUUUGCCAUUCUGGCUUCCAGCUUCGGCCUGCUCGCCUGCAUCUUCCUCCCCAAGUGCUACGUUAUUCUGGUCAAACCGGAUCGCAACAAAGAGGAGCUGAUGAAGCCCCGCCCCAAACCCCGGGACGGCUCCAUGGGCACCUCGGCCUCUCUUGCGACGGCCGCCACUGAGGUCAACACGUCGUUUGCAACCACUGAUAUUGAUGAAAAAUGAUUUAAACAAUUAAAACAAUCAUGCACUA